UGGUGAGCAGAGAUUGCAAGUUCAUGGAGAACUUACCGUACAAGGAGUGGAAGGCGGAGAACCAAGCGAAGAUUGGGGUGCGGCUUGGAGAGCAAGAUCAACGGACACCUGAGUGGCUAAGGCAGCAGAUUCUGCAGGAGGACUUCCGCAGACGCCAUGGUGGAGGUGGUGCUUCCACUAAGACUGCUGAGGGGUAUGGAGCUGCAGGGCGCGGCAGAGGAAGAGGAGGUUGGAGAGGCCGAGGUCGUGGGAGGAGCUUUGGCAGAGGUAGAGGCCGAGGUGACUAUAAUGAGGGGCAUGGGAGCUCUAGUGGCAAGGGGAGCGAAAAGGGGGAAGUUGGAGGCUUCUGGAAGAUGGGGUGUGCACUUGGGGAUUGCAAAGGAUCACAAGGGGUGGCUGCUAUGGGACUUGACCACCCAGAAGCUGACAGUGUCAAGGGAUGUGAAGUUUCUUGAGUCCCUGUACUACAAGGAAUGGAAGCAGCAGCAACAGAAGCUUCCAUCUACACUGCUAAUUGAGGAGGUAGAUGAGGUGCAGCGGCCUUCAAGACAGGUGGAGGUUGCAGUGUCUGAGGAGGAGAUGUCUGGGGUGACUGAGGAAGGGGGAGCAGCUGAAGUGGAGCAGCAGCAGCAGCAUGAGUCUCCACCUCGAGUUCCACACCCGCCUGAGCGACCUAGGAGGGAUGUGCGCCCUCCGGUGAGGCUGACCUAUGGGGGAAGAGGCAAGCCGAAUGUGUGAAAGCGGAUAGCACCAGCAUUGGGGGUUAUGUGUACUUGCUAGGAGGUGGUGCUGUGAGCUGGCGCAGCAAGAAGCAGAAUGAGGUGGGAUUGUCCUCAUGUGAGACUAAGUACAUA